AUAACCCAUAGCCGGUCAUUUCAAACCGACGUUGCGAGCCGACCCUGAAACCCGGCCCAGUAAAUCCCGGUUCUCGUCUUCUCUUCCUAAACCCUUUGCUGUCCCCUCGCAAAGUCGAAACUCAAGUUCUAAUUCUAUUACAGCUAAACACAAUUCAAUAUGAGAGGUGGCAGAUCAUCCCUUGUUACACUAGCUAAGAAAUGCAAGGAUAUAUUGGCUUCGAAUUGGCAAGGGAACCUUAACACCAUAAAGGCUGAUGCUAAAGGAAGCAAGGAGGAAAUAUACACUUCAAAAGUGAAGUAUUUAUUGAGGAAAGAAAAUCCAUAUAUUUGGGUACCUGAAAAGGACUUGCAUAAUGUGAACACUAUUAUUGAUGAACGUGGUUCUUUUGCUGUGACCAGUCCUUUACCAAGUCCGCUUGCAAAUUUACUAAGAUCUCUAAAAAAGCUACCAACUCGAGUUGCUCUGACUGGUGACGUUGUGCUCCUUAAAGACAACAAGGCCAAGUUAGCUGCAGAAUGCCUUCGGGAUACCAUACUAUCUGAUCAGAGAGCUGUUGAGGAGUCGAGCAAUUCAGUUUCUGGUAUAUUAAGUUCUUGUCUUCAUUCUACAUUGAGAAGCAAAAACCUCUUGGAGUUACUUGAAGACAUUGAACAGUACACCGUGUACAAGUUCAAUCCAAGAUCAUGCACCUAUAUCUCUUGGGAUGGAGGCAAUCAUGAAGUAGAUCUGGAGCAUUUUGAAGCAUCUAAAUCGGAUCCUUUAUUACCUUUUUCUAUGGGUCUGAUUGACGGGAUUAAUCAAAAUGAAACAAGGCGCCGAGCUCUAAUUCUUUUCUGCAUCACAUUCCUCAACGAAAAUGCAAAGGAUGCUUUCCUUCUUUCGAUAGAUAGGAGCGGAUUUGAUGUACUGGCAAAAGUAUUCGGUUCAGUGAAUAAUGGCCCUCAGAUGUACCAGUGGAGGGAGUUAAGAUUAUCGUUCAAAGAAGAGGCACGUGAUGCUGAAACAUUCUGUCAACGGCUUGUUGAGAUGGAAGAGGAAGCCCUCAAGAAUGUCUCAAGUUUCAGUGGCAUAUGAAAGCUAAAAUUUUGAGAUGAAAAGAAAAGGAAAAAUUUGCAAAUGAUUUCACAGUUAAAUAUGAAGGGAAUCAUUGCAUAACAAGUGUAUCUGGUGUACGGUUAUGUGCCUUGGAGAUCAUUCAUUUCCACCAGAAUCAAUGAGCUUAAUUAUGAUAUGCGGUUAUCAUGUGCGUUGCAUAAGAUUGUCAAUGGCUAAAUUGAAUGGAAUUUUUCCUUAAAGAUAAUAUUUCGUUCCAAACCCUAUAAAUUAGGAACUAUUAGUGCAAAUUUUUCAUUUUUUGUUAUAUUAUUUGAUUUGUCUUGUUGAGUUAUAUUUAAAAAGUAUAUUUUAAUGGAAUGUACAAGAGGGAAUCACUCAUUUAUGGCU